AUGUCCAUUGAGGCAAUAUUCCCUACUCAAACUGUGAACAAGCCAAUAAGUAGUUCUGUUUUUGGAGUUGACUUGAAAUUUGUUGAUGAGAGUUAUCCAGAAUCGAUAGAGAAAACAAACUUUGCUGUCCCUGUAUUCACUAUAAACAAUGUUGACUACGUAUUGAUAAAAGACUUGGCUUCAUUUUGGGGAUUUCCUUCCUCGUAUCAAUUAAUUAGCAGACUUCUAAAACUGGGCGCUGUUCAGAAGGUGCAAAUUUUAAAGACAGAUUCGUCGUUGAAUCAGCAGUUGUUUGAGUCAGCCGUAAUAAAAGAUGCAGAAUUAAAGUUGGACCUCUUUUAUAUCUCACUUCCAUUAAUUUUUUCCAGAAUUGAAGAUAAAAGCUUGUUUUACAUACAAGAGGAUACUGAAAUGAAUAAUUUGAGACUGGAAGAUAAAUGCGAAGAGAUUGGAAGUACUUUGAAUAAUAAGAAUGCUACCCAUAAGAGCGUCAUCGCCACGAAUAAAGUAGACAAUGAAAACGACGACGAAGAUAAUGAUGAUGAUGUUGAUGAAGAUGACGAAGAAGAUGACGAGGAUGAUGAUGGUGAUGAUGAUGAAACAGAAGUUGAUGAUUUGAAUGGGAAUGGAACGGGAACAAAAAAGUCGAUAAAGUCAAGAAAUCCUGGGGUUAAAAGUGCAAUCAGCAAUGAUGAAAAAGUAACCAUCGGACAAGUUUUUCAACAGUACGGCACAGACACAACAACUCCCAUGACACAUGCUUCAUUCAAUAGCAUCAAUGCAAUGUCGAAAUUGAAUUACUAUAAGAAUUUUGGAAUGUCUGGUAUUAGAUUUCUCCCGAAUAACAAGUUGUCCUUUGCAGAACGUGAUUUGGUCUUGAGUACAAACAACUUCAAUGAUAUCCAUAUCGACGAAGAAACAAAACCUAAAAUCGAAGAGAAAAAGAAAAGUUUCCGUAAACCAAUUGGAAAAUCAAAAAAGCACAAUUUACUGAUUGAUCCUAAUUCGAUUGACUUAGCCGAGUCGGUCAUUCCGGGUCAAGGGUACAUUCCUGACUUUAGUAUCAAUCACAUAUGUAAAGUGCCUAACUAUUAUGUAACUUCGAGUCACCAAAGUCUUGCACAAUCAUUCAAUACUAAGAAUCUUAACUCGUCGUCGAACUCGUCGUUCUUGUUUAAUGACAGUGUUCGAAUCAAGUCCAAAAACAUACAACAACUUGUUUUCAGCAAUGAAAGUGAUCACUACAACCACUCCAAAUAUUACUACACCAAAACUUACCGUGGACCAGGUUCUGGUAAUUAUAAGGACGGUGCAUUAAUGAACAAGAUCAACAAGCUUCACUUUUCAUCACAUGGAAAGCCUUCUCACAAGAAAAGGAUCUCAAACAAUGACAGAUAUAAUAAGAGUUUGAAAGGUUUAGUAUUUGAAAAAUUUGAUAAGGACUUUGUGGAGAAUUUACUUGCUGACCAACGUAAAUAUGCAGAGGACUAUAACAACCUUGAAAUGCUUCACAACAACCUCCAGUUCAACGUUUUAUUAAACACAUACAGAGACUUGGCGCAGCAGACAUGGGACAACUACUACAAGUUUAAGUUGAUUGAUUUUGAACAACUACGUGCGUUGCAGACUGAAAAGGAGGAAAUCGAGGAAAGGAAGAGGGCAAUUGAAAGACAUGAUAAUUGGGUGGAAGAGGAAAAACUGCGUCAAGAACAGUUGCGUUUGCUCUUUGAAGAAGAAAGAAAAGAAUUUGAAGAUUUACAAAAUGAAUCAGCCCAGAAGAAAAAGGAGAUUGAAGAAAAAAGUCGUCGUCGUCAGUUGGAAGCUUCUCUUAGUGAUUCUUUUGGUAAUAACGAAGAAAACGAAAACAAUGAUGUAUCUGAGAUUGCAAAUAUCGAACAGGAAUUUGUGACGAAACGUGAUGAAUUGAAGGAGAACUUUGACAAGAAAAAGCAAGGGCUUAUAAAUCAAAUCCCGCCCCCACAACCAAUUGAAACACCACAGCUCGACCUUGGAAUGAAAUUUACUCUACCAACAGCAUAUCCAGAAAUUAUGCGUAACUUGCCCUUGGAACUCCGUACUGCUGCUCAAGAAAGUAAAGACGAUGUUCCUGUGGUCAAGAAACCUAUUCGUUACGUGACAUCUUACCCAGAAGGUCCUAAUCCAGAAUUCUUGACAAGAAUUGAAAUCAUCAAAUUGCCUAAUUCAAAUUCCGUUGGUUGGGACAACUUGAAAAAAUACAAAAGCGAGGACUAA